UUCUCCUCCUCCUUCUCCUCCUCCUCCUCCUCUCCGGCUGUGGUUUUCUGUGUCAGUUUCAGGAGUCCUGAGCCUGAGCUAAACAAAAGCAGGAGGCAGAAGGGGCUGCUGGAGUUUGCAGAGACACGGAGAGGAAGGGAGGCUCUUUCUGCUUUGCCUGCUGCCGCUGCUGGGGGAGAUCUGGCUUUUGCAACAGCCCACCCCCUUUGAGAUCACUCUGGCUGGGAGUGGGGGUGGGGGGUGGCGGGGGGUGGGGGGGAAAGUUUGCAUUGCAAUCCCCCUGCCUUCCUCUCUUUUCUCCAGAUCAAUGCAUAUUUGCAAAAGGAUUAAGCCACAGAUUUAAGCUCUGAGAGCCCAUUUCUGUUUUGCAAAGGAGCCGGGACUAAAAACAAUCCCAAAUCCAGCUCUGAUUUCUUUUCACCAAGUGGGAAGGUGGUUUAUUUUUCUUGCUUUUUGGAGUCAACACCCUUCCUCAUCAACCCUCAUCCCCACCCUCACCCUGCAACCCUUUCACGCCCCCCCCCUUCCUUUCCCUACUCCCCAUCCUCCCACCAUCCUCUAAAAGAGGCAAGGGGAUUUUUUUUUUUGGUCUCCCCCCACCCCCUUUAUUCUGAAAAGGAUUUGGAGACAGCUUGAACGAUAAAAAGCCUUGGUAGUUCCAAGGAACCGAGCCGAAGAGAAGAAGAGGAAACCGGGGCUGCUGUUGCCUUUCGAGAUGGAUGAUCAGCCCAGGUUGAUGCAUUCCCAUGCUGGGGUGGGGAUGGCAGGACACCCCGGCCUGUCCCAACACUUGCAGGAUGGGGCUGGAGGGACCGAGGGGGAGGGAGGGAGAAAGCAGGACAUUGGAGACAUUUUACAGCAAAUUAUGACCAUCACAGACCAGAGUUUGGACGAGGCGCAGGCCAGGAAACACGCUUUAAACUGCCACAGAAUGAAGCCUGCCUUGUUUAAUGUGUUGUGCGAAAUCAAAGAAAAAACAGUGUUGAGUAUCCGAGGAGCCCAGGAAGAGGAGCCAACGGACCCCCAACUGAUGCGAUUAGACAACAUGCUGUUGGCGGAGGGGGUAGCAGGGCCUGAGAAGGGGGGAGGAUCUGCGGCAGCGGCGGCGGCAGCAGCGGCAUCUGGGGGAGCUGGCUCAGAUAACUCUGUGGAGCAUUCCGACUACCGAGCCAAACUCUCACAAAUCCGACAGAUCUACCAUACGGAACUGGAGAAAUAUGAACAGGCAUGCAACGAGUUCACUACCCAUGUGAUGAACCUACUUCGUGAGCAGAGCCGGACCCGGCCCAUCUCCCCGAAGGAGAUCGAAAGAAUGGUGAGCAUCAUCCAUCGCAUCAGCUCCAUCCAGAUGCAGCUCAAGCAGAGCACAUGUGAAGCGGUCAUGAUCCUACGCUCACGCCUCCUUGACCCUCAGCGGAAGAGACGAAACUUCAACAAGCAAGCCACAGAAAUCCUGAAUGAGUAUUUCUAUUCCCAUCUCAGCAACCCUUACCCCAGUGAGGAAGCCAAAGAGGAGCUAGCCAAGAAAUGUGGCAUCACGGUCUCACAGGUGUCAAACUGGUUUGGAAAUAAGCGAAUCCGGUACAAGAAGAACAUAGGUAAAUUUCAAGAGGAAGCCAAUAUUUAUGCUGCCAAAACGGCUGUCACGGCUACCAAUGUGUCAGCCCAUGGAAGCCAAGCUAACUCACCCUCAACUCCCAAUUCAGCUGGUUCUUCCAGUUCUUUUAACAUGUCAAACUCUGGAGAUUUGUUCAUGAGCGUGCAGUCACUCAAUGGGGAUUCUUACCAAGGGGCCCAGGUUGGAGCCAACGUGCAGUCACAGGUGGAUACCCUUCGCCAUGUUAUCAGCCAGACAGGAGGAUACAGUGACGGACUUGCAGCCAGUCAGAUGUACAGUCCGCAGGGCAUCAGUGCUAAUGGAGGUUGGCAGGAUGCUACUACCCCUUCAUCAGUGACCUCCCCUACAGAAGGCCCUGGCAGUGUUCACUCUGAUACCUCCAACUGAUCUCCCAGCAAUUGCAUCCCUGACUGACCUCCUGCCCCAAAAUGGGGGGUGGGGGCAGGAGGGAGGGUUUCUCUCCCCAACGCUGAAGCAGUCAGACUGGAGGUCGAAGCAAUCAGCAAACACAAUAAGAGUCUCCUUCUCUUCUCUUCUUCGGGAUGCUAUUUCAGCCAAUCUGGACACUUCUUUCUACUCUCUUCCCUUUCUUUUCUGGGUAGAAGCCACCCCUUCCCCCUGCCUCCAGCUGUCAGCCCUGUUUCCUUCAUCCUCCCUGCACCUUUCCCUCGCCCCGCGGCCUCUGCUACAUCACUGAAGGAUAUUUUCAACAGUUAGAGGAAUUUAAAAAGGAGGAAAAAAAGACAAAUUACAAAAAAAAAUUAAUAAAAGUGUUUGUACAUUUUCAUGCUGGUGGUUUGAGGAGCCAAAUUUACCUCACUCCUAGACUAACAGGCAACCCUUCUCUUUCAGUGUCUCUUGUACUCACACUACCUCUUAGCAGGAAGACGCCACAUUGCCCUUUCCAUUCCAGAUGCCCCUCCACCCAUUGCCCUUGGUCUUCCAUUUCUGGGAGCAGUUCUGAAUUGGAACUGUUUCCCCUUUGUUCUCCCUUAUCCCAGUGACUCUUGGGCAGACUACCGUAGACGGGUUUCUAAGGCUCCCUCAUUUCCAGUUAUCGCUCUGACAGGUAGAUUCCCAGUACUGCCUGCCCAAACACUUUAGGGAAUUGGGCAGCAGGGUAGGAGAGGCAGAGAGUGGGAAGAAACAGAAUUCCUGUGUGCCUUCUCUCCCCCCUACAACAGCUCUUGAUUUCUGAGGCACGGUUCAUGGAGAACAUUCAACAAUCCAUAAGCAUUCAUUAGUUGCUCACUGUAUGUCUAGCGCUAGGUUAGGCAAGGAAAAGGGAGAAGGAAAUAGAAAGUCCUUGCCCAGAAUAUCUCCAACCAACCUUUCCUCCAUUCACUCACUUCCCAAACCUGCUCACACAUCCCUCAUAGAUACUUAACAUUAGUAACCCUUACACUAUGCAUGUGGUGAGAUGAAGAGAGAAAACUCAGCUCUGAGUCAAGGUCACUGUUAGAAGAAAUAGGAGGUGAAAGGUGGGGAGUUUCAGGACCACCAAGCCUAGAGUUGACCAGGACAGGCAGGAAUGAGCUAAAACAGAGGUAGUAUUUCUAAUGGAAAUUAUUUCCAUUCCCAUCACUCCUAGAGCUCUCGGAAAGCCAUAUAGGGUACCUACAAUGUCUAUAGAGUGGACUUGUCUUUUCUUUUAGGUAUAUCAUACCAAUUGCCAACUUUCGUAGAACACUCGAUCCUUGACUGAACCUCUUGCUGUAGAAGAGAAACAUGGCGCAUUGCUCAUGAUUGGUCUACUUUGAAUUACAAACCUGAAGGAUCUGAGGAAGGAGUAGUAAGAAUUUCUUAUUGAGUUCAUCAUGGUGGCCACCUCUCAGAGAGAAGCAUUUGUUCUUAGCAGGGUAUUCUUUAACACCCCCUAAGCAGUCAGGCAUUUAUAAUUUUUCAUAGCCAACUAUGCAAGCCAUAAAGCUGCAACCCUGUCCAUUACAGAGUGGAAGGUGGCUAAAUCUCUUAGUGCUUCAAUUUCUUUAUCUGCCAAUGGGGAGAGUUAUGCCUACCUUGCCAAGAACUUUGUAAGACUUCCAUGUAUAUGUACAUGUACAUAUAGAUCCGUAUCUAUAUAUACAUAUAUAUUUGAACAGUGUUUUGAGAUCCUGGAAUCAAAGCAACCCAUGGGUCUACUGAAUCUUGUUUGCCCUCUGGUUGUCUCCACUUGGUUUCUCUAGCAUAUGAGUGUAAGAUGAUGGUCUCUUAGCCUGAACUGGCCUAAUCUGUAGGUAAAGUAGAGAGCUUUACUGCUCUAAUUCUUGACUGUCAUCAGAAAGAAAGGUUGUUUCCUAGCUUGAACCACUGUUUCUAAGUUAACUGAUGGGAUCUGCCUGACACUACUGCUCCAAAUGUGGGUCCAGUAUGUGACGCUGUAAAUCCUUUUGGAAAUAGCCUGCCCAUAGUUGCCCACCACUCCCAACAUCUUCUAAUUAUGACACUUUCCAGUUGGUUGCCAAAGUUCUGGAGACCAGGACAAGUAUUUUCAGAAUGCAUCUGGUCAUCAUCAUACUUAUGACACUGUGAAAAUGAAUGAAAGUCCUUCUUUUGGGGGGCAGGGCAAAUUCAUGCCUUCCUGCCUUUCUCCCCUUAAAUACGUAACUCAGAAUCAAUAAAUUUUGAGGAAAUUUAAAUUUCUCUUGCCAGUAGGUAGAGUUAUACCUUGAUGACUAAUAAUAAUUUUUAAUGAAAUGAGAAAAGAAUUGGUCUGAUGAAUCUUAAGAUUUAAAUUUGUGGUGGAAAAGUAAUCAGUAGCUCUGUAGAAGCAAUAUUCUCUAAGUGGGGAGUCUCUUGGACAAGUACUCUUAUUGUUAAAAUCAAUGGGGAGUUUUGUUUUAGCACCCCUACCAGAGUUAAGAACAUCUGAGUCAACCAGAAUAAAGGGGUAUGGCUACCAAAAGAAUUCCUAUCUCUUGAGAACCAGAAGAUCCCAAUCCAUCCUAGACCUUCAGGUCCAGAUACAGGAUGAUCAUAAGCAAGUGGAAAGGAAAACUCAGAGCAGAGCCUCAUCCCAUGUACAAUUUCUCCCACAUCUUUCAUUUGCACUUUGCUCCACUCUCAAAGCAUCUCCCGCAUUAUACUCUUCACUCUAUUCUCCAUCUCUCUGUCCCACCCCUUUGGAAAGAUUUCAAGUCACCACUCUGCCACCAUCAUGGCAGCCAAGAGAGCUCUUUCACUUUUGGGUCAAGCAGGAGCUCAGCAAAAGAAUAGGUUUGGGUAUGGCGGUGCCUCCUGAAAUGGAAUGAUCAUACAAUCCAUAGUCAGAUAGCCACUCAGGCACCAGCUCUGUCCCCAGAUGCCCUUCAUUUUCUAGGGGAAGUAGGUGCCCUUAAUUUUACCUGGCAGCAGAUUAUCCCUGAAAAAUGAUUUGCCAGAGCUUUGGUUUAUUCAUCCUGUCCAUAAUGUCCCCCUUUCAGCUCCCUUCUCCUUUCCUUGUAUAGUUAUUGACUCCCUUGAAGUAUUUUUGCCAACUUUCAUCUUUUAAUUUGCUUUUUCUUUUGGCUAUGAUGAUCAUUCUUUCUUUGCUACUUGCCUUUUCUCACACUCAUCCCUCUAUAUUUUUUUUUUGCUUCUGCUUUUUUUUUUCUGCCCAGAAAAACCUGACUUCGAUACCAAAAAAAAAAAAAACUGCAGAAACUCAAAUUAAAAAAAAAAACUAAAAAAAAACUUUAAAAAUUCUCGAUGAUUCUUUCAGCUUUAUUAACAUUUUCCAUUGUUUCUUGCGACUUGUGUCUCGUUCUUUGUAGUAUUGAUUAUGAACAUUUGAUAAUGAAUGUUCUUGUAUAUUCAGAUAAAGAAAAAAACCAAAAAAGCGGUCUGAAUUUAAUAGUGUUUAUAAUAAAAAUUUUAAAAAUGACCCUCAUAGCACGCAAAACAGGCUGGGGAAUUGCCCCUCUUCUUUCUGUGACAAUGCGCAUCAUUCCUGCAUUUGUUUCUAACACCGAACUACCUACAUUCAUCAUUUCCCCCAUUUUUCUUUUAUUUUCUUGCAUUUGUGAAUUAGUUCAAGAAUGCUAGAAAAGUGUCGAGUUGUGCACAUCCAUUUCCUGUUUCACAAUGUUUAAAAGUGACAGUAAUUCAUUUUGUAAACUAAAAAGAAAAGUUGGAAUAGUGAGCAUAAUAGGUACAUCCUAACACGUUAUUAUGUUUAUUAACUUUGAGACCCAGAAGUAAAUUCUUUUCUUUUCUUUUCUUUUCUUAUUCUUCAAAAAAUACAAAAAAAAAUACUUUUUUUUUGUUUGUGUUAUUUUUGGUUUGCUUCUUUUGGGGGCUAUUUGGUUAUUGUGUUGUUUGUUUGUUUGUUUGAUUUUUUUUUGGAUUGUCCAGACUAUGACCUUGCCUUUUUUAUUCCUUUAAAAUAUAUAUAGUAGGUGAUGUGAAAAGAUGAAAUCAGUAGACUAGUUUGUUUUUUUGGUUCCUCUCCUGCCCUUCAGAAUUCUCAAAAAAGCUAAGACAAAGCUAUCAAAGAUGUUGCUUUGCUCAUCCGCAUUUUUUAACAUAUGUGGUGCUUUUAGCUGGGGAAAAAACUAGUGACUUGAGCUCUUCAUUUGGCUAUAGGAAAAUUGUAGGGAUGAAACCAUGUAAUGUUUGUGGUGCCAUGGACAUAGUUUCUUCCUGGGUUGAUACUGAGUGCCAUAAAUGUUUGCUUUCAUUUCUGUCCACCUGAUUAAUAACAGCAUUUCUCAGAAGUUCUGGGAGCCACCUAGCCUGGCCCUUUCAGUGAAAUUUACUGCAAUUUGAGGGACCUACUACAUAGUUGGAGCCAUUAUUGCAGUAAAAUGGGGCAUAUUUGGUGUAGUUUAACCAUCUGGUCCUUUUGGUUCAAUUUGAAGGGAGGGAAAAAAGAAGAGGUGAAAAUUUGAGCCUGAAUGAUCACUUGGCUUAGUUUCAUGUGAAAGAGGAUAAUAAUUGUCUUAUUUAGCCAGGGGUCCUCCUUAGACAUGGUCUGCAAGGAUUGCAGAGCAUUAGGUAGGGCACAUAUAUCCCCCCCAAUUAGGGAAUCUGUGUUUAGUUAUGGUAGAAUGGGAGUGUGCUAAUGGUGCCCCAUAGCCCAUGACCAUUAGCUUGCCCUAAGAAAGAAAAACAGCUCAUCUGAGGCUAAUAGCUAUGGCCUGGUGAGUUAUUUUGUGGAUGUUUUUAUUUCCAUUUGAUGGGCUACCCAUGUAUCUCAAUGGGACAAAAUGGGCUGGUUAAAAUGCCACUAAAAUAAAAGUGGGCUGGUAAAUUGUAGUUAUUUGCAAGACUACAGGAAUGGGAAUAUUUUUAUUCGCUGGUGGAUAAAAGGAAAGAAAGUAAAUUGAUUUGGAAGGAACUCUAUCAGACCAAGGGCUCCUAAAUUUCUUGGAACCCAAGCAGGGAGGGUAUGAAGAAAGAGAAUAUUCUGAGGAGCAAUCCUUCAGGAAACUGCCCCAGCCACAUACUUGUAUUGCUGUUUUUAGAUGAUAGAAAAUGACCAACUUUUCACAUCACCAUUCAGUUUCAAUCUCUAGCUCAAAGCUUUCUGGAGUCUUUUGGUUUUCAUAAGCCUUUCCCUACCCCUUAUUAUGAAAAUAAAUGAAUUAACCUCUCUCUCCUCCUUUCUCUCUUGCUACCCCUUUUAUUGCCUUUCCCUUAUAAAAAGUUUUCAAGUUGUUUUGAAAUGCAUUCUUUUGGUUGUUGGUUUGUUCUCCCCACCCCCAUCCCCAAGCCUCCUUUUCUUAUAAUUCAGAGUAUGAAACCUGCAAAGCUCAGCUUGGUUUUGAUUUUGGAAGUUUAAGCUUUUUCUGCUUCUGUGAGAGCACAGGCCUCUGUCCUUUUGAUUCCAACUGAAACUUUUGUGUUCUCUAAUGAUACUAACAAGGUGUAGGUUUUACAGUCUCCUAAUUUGUACUGGUAAUGCAUAUUCCAAAUAAAUAGUUUCUUUUGUUGCAAAAAAAAACCCAACCAA